AUGAAAAGCGAAGAACGGUUCCUCAACCAUAGUUUAAAACAACUGAGAAUCCGUCAAUUCUGGACACAGAAGGGCCAUUCUGUAUCUUUCGCUUUUUAUUUUCGGUAUUUUCUGACGGUCAUCAUCUGCUCCCCUUUUUGGAUAGGACUUCUGGUUCACUUCAUUAUCGUUAUAAGAGAUGACCUAGAGGUGAAUUUAAGUGGAGACGUUUCGGUCUUAACGUCGAUAGUGGGUUUACAUUUCAUGUCAUUCUCAAUUGUCUGGAAACACAAAAAAAUCGCCGACCUCUUCAACGCCCUAACGGCUCCCACAGAAUUUGGAAAACCGGACAAUUUUGAGCAAACCAUUCGCAAACUCAACUUGUACUCGAAAUCGUACGCGUCUUAUUGCAUAUCAGGUAUGUUCGUAUAUGCAUUCAUAAAGCAUCAAGAGAUUCCACAAUGUCUUCGAAACAACGAAGAAAAAGGUUUGCAAGAAGUUUGUGGUGCGAUGACACCUACUUGGACUCCGUUUGACAUAAAUUUCAACCGUUUUCCAAACAGACAAUUUCUGCUCAUCGUACAACUGAUCAGCGUGUUUGUAAUUAUUUGUGGAGGAGCUGCCGUUUCCUUCACGACUUUUGAAAUCGCAACAGUUAUAGUUUUGAAAAUGAAGCAUCUCCGCACAUUAUUGAAGCACGCUUUUGAUGAUCCGAAGAACGUAGUUUGGUGGAAAAACAUCGACUGUUGUAUAAAGUACCACAGACACAUCAUCAAGCUGCAGGAAUUGUUCGACAUGCAAUACAAAUACCCCAAUGGAAGUUAUGUGCUGAUAGUGGGUGUCGUGAUCGCCGGUCUAGCCAACCAAUAUAUGAAAGAAAAAAAUUUUGGUGCGAUCAUUCAUCUAGGCGGUUGGGUUUUUAGUUUCUAUAUUUGCUGUCGGGCAGGACAAAUCUUACUCACAGAAAGUAUGAUGAUACCGAACGCAAUUUAUAAUUCCAAGUGGUAUAAGCUCCCGGUAGAUUUGCAGAAGAUUGUUUUGAUGAUAAUCACGCGGUCGCAACAACCCAUGGAACUGCAUGCAGCACCCAUUGGGGUCAUGUCGCACGAACUUUUCAUUACCUCGGCGACGCCUUUUUUCUACUGUCGCCACAUCUUGCUGAUACUCAAUUGCACCCAAGCAUGGAUCGGAGUUAUUCUGCACAUCAUUGUAGUCACGAAAGGUACGACUUCCCAUAAGUCACAAAUCCAAAAAUAA